AAUAAUAUAAAAUAUAAUCGGUGCUCUGUGCUGGCCUGCUGGGAAUAUUCAGUCAUAUUUUAUUGACAUUGUUGCCACAGUUUGUUGCGUAACACGUAAAAAUCCAAGAAUAGUAUGUAACUUACAAUUUGAAACCUGUAAAAGUUUCUUCGUAAAGAAAAUUGAAUGAAAUGCUGAAUUUUUUAACAAGACACUUCACUAAUGAUGCUAAAGCUAGUGUUAUGACAUCAUUGCAAUUGUACAAACAUCUAUUACGCCAAUGUGAAAAGUUGCCUCCCGACGCUUGUAAACAUUAUAAAUUUGCUGUGAAACAGAGUUAUAAACAACAUAAGUCUGAAUCUGAUCCAGAAAGAAUAAAAGAGAUAGUUAAUAAAAGUAUAGAAGAUGCCAAAUGGAUAAUAAAUAAAUAUAAUAAACAAUAAUGGAUGUUAACUCAAAACUUCAUGUUAUUGAAGAUAUUCCAAAAAUUUUUUUAUUUAUGAAGAUCCACAUUUUCAUUUUGUGAAGAUGUUUGGGGAGAAAAUAGAAGAUUAUGAAAUUUUAGAACAUCUUGGUAAAGGAGGAUUCGCUCAUGUUUAUAGAGCAAGAUGCAGAAAAACGGGCUUAUUUGUUGCUAUCAAAAUGAUAGACAAAGCUUUAAUGGCAAGUGCUGGAAUGAUUGGAAGAGUAAGACAAGAGGUCACUAUACACUCUCGCUUAAAGCAUCCCGCCAUUUUAGAACUGUACACUUUUUUUGAAGAUGCACAUUAUGUUUAUUUAGUAUUAGAACUAGCACAUAAUGGAGAAUUAGCAAAGCACUUUAAAUUAGGUACUCGAGGCCUUUCUGAAAAAGCUGCUGCAGAUAUAUUUAGACAAGUUGUGAGUGGAGUUUUGUAUCUUCAUACUCAUAACAUUAUUCAUAGGGAUUUAUCUUUAAACAACUUAUUAUUGACUAAAGAUUUGAAUGUAAAAAUUGCUGAUUUUGGUCUUGCUACCCAACUAAAUGGGCCUGAUGAAAAACAUGUGACCAUGUGUGGAACACCAAACUAUAUAUCCCCUGAAGUAGCUUCUAGAGAACUUCAUGGAUUACCAGCCGAUGUGUGGGGUUUGGGUUGUAUGCUUUAUACACUAUUAGUUGGCAGUCCUCCCUUUCAUACACAACAUGUAAAAACUACUCUUACUAAAGUUAUAAAUGCCGAUUACAGUAUUCCUUCUGAGCUAUCCUUUCAAGCUCAAGAUCUAUUACAGAGGCUUCUAUGUAAGGAUCCAUCUCAAAGAAUUACAUUAAAGGGCAUAAUGGAACAUCCUUUUCUAAAUAAUGGGUUUAAUGUCAUUGGGAAUUUAAAGCAAGAUUUAUCAAAAGAUUCAGGAUUUUUAACUACUUUGCACAGUACACAACACAGCAACAAACUGAAUUCAUCAAAAAGAAGUACCUCAGAAUUACAUAACAUAUUUAAUAAUGAUAAUUUACCAUCUGAGAAUUUGCUAUUUAAUGAAAAAUUUGAACGUAAACCAAUGCAUAAUAAAAUAUUAAUGCAAAAUCAAGAUAACUGUCAUUCUGCAAAUAGUGCUUCAAUUAAACUAUUUAAUUCUCACACACAAAAUACUUCACCAUUACCAUGUACUGAAAAUUAUUCUCUUCAGGGUGAUACAAAUAACAUUGUGAGUCUCAGUGAAAAUAUGAAAAAAAUAUCUAUGAAAGAUAAACCAGAAUUGUUUUUUUCAAAUGAUGAAAAUAAAGAAAAUUUCUCAAAACAAUCCAAAACAAACUCUAAUACAAUUGGUGUUCCUCCCUUAUGUGCUGAUAGAUUGCCAACAAUAUCCCACAGAACAAGAAAUGCUAUCCUGAAGAUAGAACCUUCUGGAGUUACUGUACAAUUUAUAAAAAAGAAAGGAAAAGACAGAGAAGAACGUGUUGUGGAAAUAUGUACUAUUUCUAAAGAUGGAAUGAAAAUUGAAAUUUAUUCUCCUGAAAAGACUAGAGAAAAACUAAACACAGUAGAGCAAACUCCAAAUCCUGAUGAAAUUUUUUCUUACCACAACUUACCCCAAAAACAUUGGAAAAAAUAUUUGUACGCUGCUCGUUUUGUUGAUCUUGUUAAGGCCAAAACGCCUAAAAUUACUCUUUACACUUUGCUAGCUAAAUGUCAACUAAUGGAAAAUGGUAUAGAUAUAGAAAUGUUUUUCUAUAGUAGUGAAAAAAUUACAUACACAUCUAAUGAAGGUUUAAAAAUAAUUGAUAAAAACUUGAAAACACACCAUCAGGCUUUGAUACCUGAAUUGAAAUAUUUAUAUGAUCAUUUUGAAGAAUGUUCAAAUAGAAUGAAAAGAAUACAAGGUGCUUUAUCUUGUAUAUCUGAUGAAUGUUAUCCUUUAAUCAUUGGUAAGAGACCAGUACAACCUACUAGUAAUCUGGAAAAUGCAUUGGCACAAAAUCAUGCUAACCGAAACAUAAACACUCCUCUUUUUAAUUAUGGUUCAUUUCACCGUGCCACCCCAUGUUCUAGUCAUGCCCUCAGUGAAAAAUAAUUAAUUCAUUUCGGAUUACAACCUUAACUGUUUAGAACCGUGGUAGAUAAUAAUUAGUCUAUAGUUAAUUAGCAAAUAAAUAUUAAUAAAUAUAUUAAUAAUUAAAUAUUAUUCAACAAUU